AUGUCCACAAAAUCUCAAAGAAGUGUGAAUUGGAGGCUCAAAGAAGAUGAGGCAUUGUGCAAAGGGUGGGUUUUUGUCAAUGAAGAUGGAGCUAUUGGCACCAAUCAAACAAGCGACACAUUUUGGAAGCUUGUAUAUCAAAAGUUUCUGGAAAAUGAUCCUGGCAUUAAUGGACCCAAGCGACGAACAUAUCAAGCCAUUACUUCUCGGUUCAAGACUAUCAACCACCAGUGUUCUCUUUGGAAGGCAUGCUUGACUAAGGCCAAUACGAACACACAAAGUGGCUCAAAUCUAUAUGAUGUGAACGUGUAUGCGAAAACGAUAUUUCUUAAUGAUAAUAAGCCUCCAAAUAGGCCUUUCAAGUUGUACCAUGCUUGGGAAAUCUUGAAAGAUUGCCCAAAGUGGAACGAUAUAAAUGAGCCUCCCACACAACGUUCUUCUGGAGGUAGUGCAAGGAAGAUGGCUGAGCCUUCUCAACAAACAAGGGAUAAGUACUUGGAAACAUUGGUUGAGCAAGGUAUUGCUUUCGAGGAGGAUAGAAGACGAAAGCACAACAUAUUGGACAAGUUUGUCCAAGAUCAAGCUGAUGCUUAUGUGUAUCAGAAGCAACAAGAUAAGGAAGUCCAAGAACAAAAAAUAAUGUCCAUGGACGUGUCCAAAUUUACUCAAGAGAAAGAAGAAGUAUUGGGGGGAUAA